AUGGAAGAAGGUAAUAUUGAUCGAGAUCGUAUCGUUGAUGGAGAUCUUGUUGAUGACGAUCUUUUUUGUCCAAUAUGUCAAUGUCUUCUAUGGAAACCAUGUGGCUGUAGUAAGUGUCGACAUCUUUUUUGUCAAAAAUGUCUUUAUACAUGGCUUGAAAAUCCUAACAGUGCUAGAAGAUGUCCAUUUCGAUGUGAACCAUUUGAAGAACAAGAUUGUUCAAUGUCUAUUCAAUCAAGAUUGAAUUGUUUAAAUAUUCAUUGUCGAAAUUUAGAAUUUGGUUGUACACAAACUCUCUCCUAUAAUUCAUUAGAACAACAUGAAAAUGUUGACUGUGAAUAUCUUAGUAAACGAUGUUCGGAAUGUGAUCAGUUAGUAUUGAUGUCGAGAAUGGAUGAACAUUGUGAGAUGCCGGGAUUAUGCGUUCCACAUCCGGUCAAAUGCACUGCCUGUCAAACUUAUAUUGAAAAACUAGUUUUCAAAGAUCAUUUUCAUGAAUGUUUUCUAAAUCGAAUGAUUACGUUAGAUAUACAAACAACAAUGAAUCAUGAGCAAGGAGCAUCUUCCAUAUGGUUACGAACAAUUCUUUGUGGGUUGAAUGCUAUAAACCUUCUUGAACAACAACGACGAUUCUCACCAGUACCAACAGAUUUAAUUGGAGUCGACGCAGUACGACAAGCACGAGAACGACGAUGUGGAUUUUUUUAUCAUAUGUUUAUAAUGUUAACAUUUGUUUUGGCUAAUGGAUCUAAAGCUCCAUUUUUCAUUCUAGCAUUUUCAGCUAUUGGAUUUGUGCAAUGUACAACUAUCAUUCUCAUCAUGUACGGUUUUUUUCUUGUACGAAUGCGUGCUCAUAUUUAUCGAGGUUGCUAUGUCAUUAUGUUGAUCAGUUAUAUUUUAACCUACGGCAUUUUGUUACUAUUUCGAUUUGUAUCUGAUUCAUUGAUUAUCUACUUGCUAGGACUCUUUUCAUUUCUUUAUGGUUGUUCUAAUCGACUGAUAUCAAUGGAAUUAUUCGAAAUGCAUCCAAUGUUUCAUAUGACAAAGAUAAAUAUUGCUCUUUACUGUGCUGUUUUAUUAAUCAUGAAAAUAUUAUUGUUACUUUGUCGAUUUUAUUAUUGGUGUAUACCGAUAUAUUUAAUCGCUGGUGUUACUGCUUGGAUCAAUUUUUCUAUUGCUUUUCAUACAAAACCUGCCUCACGAAAUACGACAACAUAG